CUCAAAAUGGAGGUAAAACCGCCGCCCGGUCGCCCCCAGCCCGACUCCGGCCGUCGCCGCCGCCGCCGGGGGGAGGAGGGCCAUGAUCCAAAGGAACCAGAACAGUUGAGAAAACUGUUUAUUGGUGGUCUGAGCUUUGAAACUACAGAUGAUAGCUUAAGAGAACAUUUUGAGAAAUGGGGCACACUUACAGAUUGUGUGGUGAUGAGAGACUCCCAAACAAAACGUUCCAGGGGCUUUGGUUUUGUGACUUACUCUUGGGUUGAAGAGGUGGAUGCAGCAAUGUGUGCUCGACCACACAAGGUUGAUGGGCGUGUAGUGGAACCAAAGAGAGCUGUUUCUAGAGAGGAUUCUGUAAAGCCUGGUGCCCAUCUAACAGUGAAGAAAAUUUUUGUUGGUGGUAUUAAAGAAGAUACAGAAGAAUGUAAUUUGAGUGACUACUUUGAAAAGUAUGGCAAGAUUGAAACCAUAGGAGUUAUGGAAGACAGGCAGAGUGGGAAAAAGAGAGGAUUUGCUUUUGUAACUUUUGAUGAUCAUGAUACAGUUGACAAAAUUGUUGUUCAGAAAUACCACACUAUUAAUGGGCAUAAUUGUGAAGUGAAAAAGGCCCUUUCUAAACAAGAAAUGCAAUCUGCUGGAUCACAAAGAGGUCGUGGAGGUGGAUCUGGCAACUUUAUGGGUCGUGGAGGAAACUUUGGAGGUGGUGGAGGUAACUUUGGCCGUGGUGGAAACUUUGGUGGAAGAGGAGGCUAUGGUGGUGGAGGUGGUGGCAGCAGAGGUAGUUAUGGAGGAGGUGAUGGUGGAUAUAACGGAUUUGGAGGCGACGGUGGUAACUAUGGCGGUGGUCCUGGUUACAGUAGUAGAGGAGGCUAUGGUGGUGGUGGACCAGGAUAUGGAAACCAAGGUGGUGGAUAUGGUGGCGGUGGUGGAGGAUAUGAUGGUUACAAUGAAGGAGGAAAUUUUGGAGGUAACUAUGGUGGUGGUGGGAGCUAUAAUGAUUUUGGAAAUUAUAGUGGACAACAGCAAUCAAAUUAUGGACCCAUGAAGGGGGGCAGUUUUGGCGGAAGAAGCUCGGGAAGUCCCUAUGGUGGUGGUUAUGGAUCUGGUGGUGGAAGUGGUGGAUAUGGUAGCAGAAGGUUCUAAAAA